AUGGCAAGCACUCGUCUGCCCAACUAAAGUAUGACAGGUAACUAACUUCUACCAUGUACUACCUGGAGUUCUACUAGCAGUUCCUUCUGCCCCUAAUUUGGCUUCUACAUUUCUUAUAGGAUCUAAAUAAAGAACAUUUUUAUUAGAAGAAUAUUUUCUAUCUAAAUCCUAAAAUUUUGAUGAGCGACAAAAUUUGAAGACACCUACCCAGCCCUCUUUAAAUCCACUAACUGAUUGCUCAAAUAAAACCCCGUAUGCCACUUCAAGCAUCUACAACACAUCUUACCCUACUUUAUUCUCUUCCCCUCUCUUCUCUUCUCUAUAUGCCCAUCCACCUCAAAUUUGCCUUCCCCUUCCCCUCUCUCCUUCCUUUCCAUCAUAACACCAAACACAAAUCACGAUCGAAAAGAAACUCAAACAAAAUGGCAACUCCAUAUCAGGGAAAUAUCCUCUACUACCCCCUCCCGAAUGGAACUCUGAUUCCUAUCCUGGAUAUCAAUGGACAAUAUGUUCCUGCUAGUACCUACUCACCAGCGAUCCCGGUCAAUAUUACCGCUACCUUUGAGCCAAUCGCCCCAGCAGGUGCUUCCACCACUGCCACCACUACCGGACACCCCUCUACUACAGCUGCUACCGCUACUGCUGCACAGUCCUCCCCUCAGCAGCAGCUGCAACAGCAACAGCAACCACCGCCGCCUUGUGUUCUUAUGUUCUUGCAGAUGGAUGGAACCUAUGGGUUGAAGCCUGACCACGUAUGUACUUUACUCUCCUUGAGUAAUUUCAUGGGAGACUGACGGAGUUUGUAGUAGGUGGAUUGA